UGUCCUGUCGUGUUCCUCCCCAGGCCAGGGUGGGGAAUGAGAUGCUAGACUAUAAGGACUUGGCUGCGCUGCCUAAGGUCAAAGCCAUAUACGAGGUCCAGCCACCUGACCUCAUAUCAUCCUACCAGCCACAGAAUCAUCCUACCAUAUCAUCCUACCAGCCCCAGCAUCAUCCUACCAUAUCAUCCUACCAGCCCUACCCCAGAUACUCCUCAGAUGACAUAGAGACCUUCAGCUAUGAAGAGUCACUUGGGACUCUCUAUUCUCAGAAGCUGUAUGACAGUAUAGACAUGACACAGAGACAGUGGUCCAGCCCCGGCUACACAGACUCUCCCUCCUUCAACCGCCAAGCCAUGUCUCCCAUCACGCCUCGCUCACCACAGCACUAUGGACACCCCGUGCUGGCUGCAGGUUCUGAGAGUGGCAGGAGCUCGCCCUAUUACGGCACGCUGGAGGGGCGGCCUAGUACUCCUACCACAUACCACGCCCCCAAACAUUUCCAUGUACCAGCCUCAGGCGAACCCAACAUCUACAGCAAACCUCCCAUCUAUAAGAGAACGGACAAUCUCCCAGCCACCAAAAGCAGAACAAGUGAAGAUCUAAUAAAAUCCUCCAGACUCUCUAGCUACUCUCCAGAACCCUACACACAGUCAGAGUCUGACUACUACCCCUAUUCCAGCUCCCCUAAAGCACUCCGUGCUCCUAGGAGAAGGUACUCUACAGGAGGAGAUGAGGAGAACUGGAGUCACAGCAGUCUUCAAAGAAUCCAGAGUGGUAUAGGGAGGAUGAUCCUAAAGGAGGAGAUGAAAGCUAGAUCUGGUUGCUAUGACAACGACCCUUGGGGCAGCGCUCGGAACUCCCGCAGCAGCAGCAAGGAGACUUUCACCACUACCAGCUACAACAGCACCGGCUACAACAACACUGUCAAUGGCUCUCCUCGAUCCCAUUACAGCCUAGACAGUGACUUUUACAAGUCAGCCUCUCUACCAGGAUACAAGCGGAACGGUGUCAACAGGCCCCAGAGUGCAGCCCCAGACUACUACCAACAGUAUGACAGCAGCAGUGACGUCAACUGGGGAACCAGAGAAUACAAGGUUUACCCGUAUGAAGCGCUGAUAGUGACCACCAGGGGGAGACACAGACUGCCUAAAGAUGUAGACAGAGCCCGACUAGAGCGUCAUCUGAAUCCAGAGGAGUUCCUCCAGGUGUUUGGGAUGACCGUGGCAGAGUUUGACCGGAUGGCUCUCUGGAAGAAGAAUGAAAUGAAGAAACAGGCCCGACUCUUCUAAAGAGAGAGAGAGAGAGAGAGAGAGAGAGAGAGAGAGAGAGAGAGAGAGCGAGAGAGAGAGAGAG